AUGUCUGUUGACUGUGCUUUAAAAGAUACUGGCAUCAUUAAAGCACAGUCAACAGACACCACUAUACCCCUCACACUCAGAAACCACCAACGCCAACCCCUUCCUGCUACCUUAAUACUUCUGGACCAACCUUACCAACUUGCUUGGUACAUGUUUGCCUUAGAAUUACGACAUCAGUUCUGGGAGUGGACGACUUAUCUUCUACAUGUACACAAUGAAAAGUCCUUCUCACACUCAAUGUCUAUCAUGCAUGCAGGUAAUACAUCAUUUAAACUGCAUUUUAUUCAACUGUAUCAAUUCACGUUACAUCAGUCUGCGCCGGCGUGUUCACAGAGAGCAGACAGUUUUCUUUAUCUGUGCCAACUCAGUUUGUUCCAAUUCGAGUUUGGAGGGAAACAUGUGUGACAUCGUCGAUUUGUAAUCUGUAUCAUGGUCUACAUCAUGACCCGUUGUCCAUUGUACACUGUGAAUUGUCAAUGCUCGCAUGUCAUACAUCCAGGCCGUGUCCUCAUUUCGGUAUCUUUGUCAACUUAACAAACAAUACAUAUUAGGGCGCACUGCUCCACAUUCACAGUGGAGAACGGUACACCAUUAACUUGACACAGGAUUUCCUACAGCAGACGAUGUAUGACUCGUAAGGCCGUAUUCCAAUGAUACGCGCAAACCAUAUUUGGGAAUACGCAUUAACAAUGAAAUGGGAUAAUUCUCUCACUUCUAGCAGACUGGCCACCUAUACCUGGGGAGUUAUGCUAUUCAUUAAGCAAAGAUUAGGCUUACGAAACAAACGAAUAUUCGGUGUGUUUCUCGCCUGUUGCGGUGUACUUGUGAUAUUCUCAAUUCUCUCCAUGACGUACUCCGAACAAGACAAACGGAAGUACGCCGGCCUUCCAUCCUUGACAUUAUGGGAACAAUAUUUACGGCGUCAGCGGAGGAAUACAGCGGUGCCAUAUUGUCGCGGAGUCAUUCAAAAUAAUCAAAUAGAUGUAAAAAAUGCUUUGGAGUAUAUGAGCCGUUCUAAAUGGGAAUAUAUACCAACGCAAAUGUUCGAGCAUUUGACAAAUAUUACGGAGUGUGAGCGAUUUAAAGCCGCACGGAGAUAUUUUGCCAAACCCCUAUCAGAAAAAGAAGCAAAGUUUCCCCUGGCUUAUAGUAUCGUCGUGUUCAAAGAUGUCGAACAAGUCGAAAGGUUACUGAGGGCGAUUUACAUGCCUCAGAACUAUUACUGCAUUCACGUCGACAAAAAAUCACCAAAAGAAAUACAUACUUCCUUGACGAAAAUUGCUGACUGCUUUUCUAAUGUUUUUAUAACCUCCAAGUUAGAAGACGUGAGAUGGGGUGAACAAACUAUGUUACAAGCGGACAUCAACUGCAUGAAGGAUUUGCUUCAGUAUAAAAACUGGCUUUACUUCAUUAAUUUGACAGGACAGGAAUUUCCCCUGGUGUCGAAUCGCGAACUAGUGGACGAUUUAAAGAGACUCAACAACACCAAUGUGAUAGACAGCUUUAAAGAAACGAGUGCAGAGUUUGUAUCAAGGACAAAGGUCAAGUGGGUGCAGAACUCGACUCCACCAUACAACAUCACCAUUUACAAAGGAAAUCUACACAACUUCUUCACACGAGAAUUUGUGGAGUAUGUCAUCAACGAUGAGGUGCCACGUCAUUUUCUAACGUGGUUAAACGACACGUGGGCCCCAGAAGAGUCAUUCUUUGCUUCUUUACAUCAUACUGGUAAUAAGCAUCUCAAUGUACCCGGAUCUCACACUGGUUGGCUACCCGAACCAGGAUUCACCUACCGUUACUGCUUGUGGCACACAGGAGGUGAUAACGCCAAAAACGUGUGCGCAGGAAAAUGGGUUCGGGAUGUGUGUGUGACCGGAGUUGGUGACCUUCCCAAGGUCGUGUCGAGCAGUGGGCUAUUCCUCAAUAAAAUAUACUUAAAUUUCCAACCCCUUACCCUCGACUGUCUCGAGGAAUACCAUAGGAAUAAGACUCUUCGGACUGCAGCGCGAAAUAAUCUUUGAGCAUGUGCAUAUAAAUGUAUAAUAUAGGAUGAGACAGUCAACGACUAGUUUGUUAAGAUCAAUCUAUUCAUCAGAAAACAGGUGCUUUUGAAUGUUCGGAGAAAGGA